AGUAACCAACAAUUUUAGGUGACACUCCUGUUAAAUAUAUACAUUUACACCUUAUGAAAUAAACUUUGUUUUUCAUUUGUUUGUCCUGCAGUGUAAGUCUAAAAGGAACAGCUGCUUGAAUUGCCACAUUGUAAAGGUUUGUUCAUUAAAGCAAACAUGGGAUGGUGAGACUGAGCUCCGGUUGCCUGAGCAACGGAAGAAAGCCGAGACCCAAGAGCGGGGACUUCCCCGGGAAAAGUGACGUCACUAAGCGGCACCGCUCUCCAUGGAGCAUCGAGCACGGUGAAAAGUUUAUACACAAAAGCCCUGAAGACUGACGCACAGGUAGACAUGGUGUCAUUUAGAAAGGACGAUUCAGUUUGCGAUACAUUUUGUAAAAGAAGACUCACGCCGCCUCGGCAGACUGCUCGGCACAGAAAGCAGAGACUUGUGUCCAAACUGGGUGACUCUGGAUUCGAGGACGAUCUGGUUUCCUCUCCCAUUCCGCCCCGUUGUCGGAUGAAUGCAUUCCAACUGGAGUCAGAAGAACCUGAGUCCGCUGAUGGACAGCUGUCCCACUGGUACCUUCAGUACGGAGACGUCGGUUUCAGGAUCCAGAGGGAGAAAGAGUCGCAGUUUCAUCCCUGCCAAAGCCUGGCACGUCAACCACAACUGACUGCAGAUGCACGCUGUAAGCUGGUGAGCUGGCUCAUCCCCGUCCAUAAACACUUCCGUCUGUCCUUCGAGUGCUGCUGCCUGACAGUGAACAUCAUGGACAGGUUCCUGGCGUCCACUCCAGUGGCCACAGACUGCUUCCAGCUCUUGGGUGUCACUGCACUCCUAUUAGCCAGUAAACAGGUGGAGGUGCGCUCUCCAUCGGUCAGCUAUCUCUUGUCUCUGUGCUGUGAUGCUUUCACCAAGGAGCAGUUCUGCAACCUGGAGUGCCUCGUCCUGCUCCGCCUUAACUUUCGCCUCGCCUCGCCCACCCUGGCCUUCUUCCUGGAUUACUUCAGCAAUCUCGUCAAGGCUGCCCAGUUUGUGAUUGAGAACAACAGCAGUGACGGGUUUUCAGGAGUGAGUUCAGAGAUAGCAAAGAUCAGAAAGUGCAGUGAGCUUGCACAAAAAGUAUGUGAGUUGACUCUAGCAGACUAUGCUUUCAAUAAAUACCCACCAUCUCUGAUUGCUUGCUGUGCCCUGAGACUUGCAUGUGAAUUACUGAGAGCCGAACACUGCUUUGCAGAGCAGGCAGUCGUAGAGUUGGUGGAAAACCCAUGGGAAUGUUUCAGAGGAGACCAAUGUAUGCAGCCGGUUUGUAUCCAGUCAUGUGAAAGCUCUACCUUUAGUCCUGGGCAGUGUUUGACAGUGGAGGCGACUCCAGAUCAGGACUGCAGUCUGGUGCAGGAAUGCAAAGACAACCUAAAGAUGUUGGUGUCACUGAAUCAGGAGACUCUAAAAGUGAUGCCAUUAAAAUAAAACAUCAACUUAGAAGAUUAAAAAAGCUGGUUUCUAAUUUUUUCUUCUUAGUCUAUUAUGAUGUGUUUGGGAAGCAAUGCAUGAUGAUGACUUGUUUUCGUAGAUGUGAGCUGCAUAAAUCCCUCAUGAACAGUCAUAUGUUUGCAACCACUA